GCGCGGUCGCGGCUGCUGCUGCUGGAGCAGGAGCUGAAGGCCGUCACCUACUCGCUGCUGAAGCGGCUGAAGGAGCGCUCGCUGGACAGCCUGCUGGAGGCGGUGGAGUCCCGCGGGGGCAUGCCCAGCGGUUGCGUGCUGGUGGCCCGCACCGAGGUGCGGCUGGGGGGUCAGGCGGCGCCCCCCCACCUGCUGCUGGGCAAACUCUUCCGCUGGCCCGACCUGCAGCACCCCGCCGAGCUCAAACCCCUCUGCGAGUGCCAGAGCUUCGGCGUCGCCGACGGACCCACCGUCUGCUGCAACCCCUACCACUUCAGCCGCCUCUGUGGGCCAGAGUCUCCACCACCUCCCUACUCUCGGCUGUCUCCUAAUGAUGAGCAAAAGCCACUGGAUCUAUCGGAUUCCACGUUGUCUUACACUGAAACAGAGGCUACAAACUCGCCCAACGUCACGCCCGGAGACUUCUCAGAUGCCAGUACGUCGCCUGAUGCCGUGAAGAGGAGCCAUUGGUGCAACGUGGCCUAUUGGGAGCACCGGACGCGCGUUGGCCGCCUCUACACAGUGUACGAACAGUCUGUCAGUAUAUUUUAUGACCUACCUCAAGGAAACGGCUUCUGCCUCGGACAGCUAAACCUGGAAAACAGGAGCGAGACUGUGAGAAGGACUCGAAGUAAAAUCGGCUACGGGAUUUUACUCAGCAAAGAACCGGACGGUGUGUGGGCUUACAACCGCAGCGAGCAUCCCAUCUUCGUCAACUCCCCGACACUGGACAUCCCCAACUGUAGGACUUUGAUCGUGCGCAAGGUGAUGCCGGGCUACUCCAUCAAGGUGUUUGACUACGAGAAGUCCUGCCUCUUGCAGCACACGGCCGAUCUGGAUUACGCAGACGGGCCCUACGACCCCAACAGCGUGCGGAUUAGCUUCGCCAAAGGCUGGGGGCCGUGUUACUCCAGACAGUUUAUCACGUCGUGUCCUUGUUGGCUGGAGAUUUUACUCAGUAACAAUCGAUAACGGUCAGCCUCUGACGAAAGGAAAAAGAAAAGAAAAGACACAGACUAUCCCAAAUAUCAUCUACCUAGAUUUAAUAUAAAGUUUUAUAUAUUAUAUGAAAAUAUAUAUUAUACUUGUAAUUAUGGAGUCAUUUUUACAAUGUAAUUAUUUAUGUAUGGUGCAAUGUGUAUAUGGACAAAAAACAGAAAAUGCACUUUGGCUUAUAUAAUUCUUUCAAUACAGAUUUUUUUAAAAAAGAAAAAUUAUACAGCAAAAAUAGGAGAAAGCCCUAAUUUUGAUGUAUGGUUUUUUGAAAUAUUAUUAAUACCCAGACAAAAAGCUAAUACCAGUCACUCAUUGAUAAUAAAGUAUUCGCAUUAUA